AACACCCACACCCGCACCCACCCCCGCCCCCACACCCCCACCCGCGCCCACAGCCACCCCGACACCCACGCUCGCACCAACACCCACACCCACACCCACACUCACAUCCACACCCCUUCAAGAACCAACUACUAAUUUGUACUGUCACAACUCCUCGAACAUUCUACAAUAGCUUCGAUAUUAAUCGCCAGCAGAACAUGUCACAACGGCCCAACGACAAUCAACUGGUGCGGUCGAGCAGUGUCGAACAGGAGCUGCAAAAGAAAAAGCUGCAGGUGAUGGAGACGGAGCUUAUGGUGAUGUUGCAAAGGGAUUUGGAAUCAUUGGAGCAGUUGUUGGAAUCAAUGGAGAAGGCGUCGGAGAAGACGUUAGAGACGGUGGAGAAGGAGAAGUUGGAGAAGUUGGAGAAGUUGCAGAUGGAGUUCAAGGAGCAGCAGGUGCAGAAGUUGAUGGAGUUGGAGAAGCUGAAGGAGGAAAAGUGGGUGCCGGAGAACAAUCAAUGGGAGAAGAAGAUUAUGUUGAAGGGUGUGCGGGGG